AUGGCCAAGAGAAGACAAAAGAAAAGAACACAUGCUCAAAUCACGCCUGAGCAGGAACAAGGUAUUCCUAAAUCAAUGGUCAUUAGAGUGGGUCAAACUUCAUUGGCAAACCACUCGUUGAAUCAAUUAGUAAAGGAUUUCCGUCAAAUUAUGCAGCCACAUACAGCUAUUAAACUGAAAGAGCGUAAAUCCAAUAAACUAAAAGAUUUCGUCGUUAUGUGUGGGCCAUUAGGUGUUACUCAUCUUUUCAUGUUCACCCAAUCUGAAAAGACAGGAAAUGUGUCGCUAAAGAUAGCAAGAACUCCGCAGGGUCCUACUGUUACUUUUCAAGUACUGGACUAUUCUCUGGGUAAAGAUAUUAAGAAGUUUUUGAAAAGGCCAAAAUCGUUGAAUAACGAUGAUGUGUUAAACCCACCAUUGUUAGUUCUGAAUGGGUUUACCACAUCAAAAAAAUCUGGUGAAGAUGAUCAGAACGUAAAUGUAGAAAAGGUUAUUGUUUCCAUGUUUCAGAAUAUUUUUCCACCUCUAAAUCCGGCUAGAACUUCAUUGAAUUCUAUCAAACGUGUAUUUAUGAUCAAUAAGGAUAGAGAAACGGGAGAAAUAUCUAUGCGUCAUUACUUCAUUGAUAUCAGAGAAGUGGAGAUUUCUAGAAAUUUGAAAAGGCUUUAUAAAGCAAAAAACAAUUUAAGUAAAACAGUGCCGAAUCUACAUCGAAAAGAAGACAUAUCUUCGUUGAUAUUAGAUCAUGAUUUAGGUGCCUACACAUCUGAAUCUGAAAUUGAAGAUGAUGCUAUUGUGAGGGUCGUUGAUAAUCAGGAUGUGAAGGCAAAGCAUUCUCAAAAUUCCAAAUCGCAAAGGACUCCAGUCGAAAAGGUUGAUGAUGAAGAGCAUGGAAAAGAAAAAGAAGAUGAAGAUGAAGAUGUAGAAAUGAAGGAGGCCAAGCAAUCAGAAACCUCUCAACCAACUCCACGUAAGAAGGCUAUCAAGCUGACAGAAUUAGGGCCGAGACUAACCCUAAAAUUAGUUAAAAUAGAAGAAGGUAUCUGUUCAGGCAAGGUGUUACAUCAUGAAUAUGUUCAAAAGUCAAGUGAAGAAAUCAAAGCUUUGGAAAAGAGGCACGCCGUGAAGAUGAGACUCAAGGAGCAAAGAAAGAAGGAGCAAGAAGAAAACAUUGCCAAAAAGAAGGCUGUUAAGGACGCCAAAAAGCAACGUAAAUUGGAAAGAAGAAAAGCCAGAGCAGCAGAAGAGGGUGAAGGGGAAGACAAAGAUGAUACUAUGAACGAUGAUGAGACUUCUUCUAGUGAAGAUGAGCAUUAUAGCGACGUACCAGAUGAUCUAGAUAGUGAUUUAUACAGUGAAGUCGAAUAG